UAGGCUUGGUAGUUCAGCACCUCUGGGCUUGCUGCAUCAGUUAUGAAAGUAAAAACAUUGCUUGAGCCCCAGCACCUCUUUCAUUACAAAUUAAGCACUGAAUAAGACCUUAAUUUUCCUUGUCAGUUUGAGAUUUUCUGUCAACUGAAAAGUGCUUAACCUGUGUGUGUUAUUCCUCAUGAGAGGUCCUUUCUAGAAACCCACUGGAAUUCUUUCAGAAACUUUAGAGCUGUAAGGUGCUCAGUAAAAUGGGGGUAGGGGAGGACAGAACCUUAGAUUUGUCAGAUCCACGUUUUCCCACGUUUACUUCUUUGUACAGAAGAGGCUCAGCUCUGCCACCUAGCGUCCUUUUUUCCACCCCCAGACUUGGAAAACCUACAGCUCCAGUCCUUUUAAGUUAUUAAACGUGGAGAGAUUUUGACAGCGCUGUUAAAACUGCCUUUUAGCUGAAAGCAGAAUGUUCGCACUUUACUUAUAUGUUAAAUUUCUUUGGCCACUCUGAAUGGUUCUCAACCCACGUUCAAUAAUUAAGAAUGGAAACCAUGAUUAACUUAAAGUACACUGCCAAGAAAUGUAAUAAAAUAUUUUUAAAAUGUUAGUUGUGAUUACAAGGUUCAAAAUUUUACCAACCAUUUUACCUUUUUUCUUUUAGCAAAAAUUGAUUUUCCCUUCCCACGCACAUACUCUUUGAACGGAGAUAAAACCUGACAUGACUGUUUUCAUUAACAUAAACAUUGAUUUAUAUUGCCACAGUAGUGAUAGUGAUCAAGACCCUGCUUCUGGUGACAAAUUUAGAGGAAAAGGUUCUUUUGGACUCAUUUUUCUGUAGGUUUAUUUGCUACACUUUGUAUCUAUCUCUACAAAUUUCUUUAGGUGUGGUACCUUGAUUUCUUCUUUAGCCUAUUUAGAAAGAUGAGGCUAUUUUAGAUAUCUUGCAAUUUAAAUAAAUUUACAGUUAGAUUUUAACAUAUAUUGAAAUGUCUGUAGAUACCCAAGAUAACAAGCAAAUAGGUGGACUUUGUUACUGGCUCUAUUCAGUCACAGCUUUUUCAGGAUUUUACACAUGGAUAGAAAUGGUGUGAAUAAAGUCAGUAGCACUUUAUGACACCAAAAUACUUUUGAACCUGUUUAGACUCCCACUGAUUGCAAUAGAUGUAGGUACUUCAUGAAGUAAUAUAUUUAAUGUCAGCACAGCUGUGAGGAAAAUGGGCCAAAUUCCUCUCUAUACUGGUGUAAAUCUCAUGUAACUAUACUGAUGUUACUGGAAUUGCCAUUGUAACUGAGAAGAGACUUUGAUCCAAUGUUUGAAGAAGCUACUCCUGAACAGCCAGCAGACUGAAUACAAAAUAUUAAUUGUGUAGGCCCAACAAUAAGAGACUACUGUCUUCAAAAAAAAAUCAGUAAUUUAGUUAGAGGUUUAAAACAACAAACAUGGAGAGUAGAUACUUAGAAUUCACAGGAAUUUUCUCAGCACUUCAUAGCAGUUUUAGUUUGGUUCAAAUUCGGAGCCUAAAAAAUCAUAGCUUGUAUUCAAACUAAAUUGUCUUUGAAAGGACACUAUCAUAGACUUUUCAUUUUUGAAAAAUGCAUAACUUUUGUAUGCUACUUUCUUAGAACCUUGAAAAGUUCCCUUCAAUUUUUUUUUCUAUUUAGCAAACAUUAUUUUCCCUGCUCUUUUUUCCCACUGGAAGUGAAAUUGACAUAUGUGAUUUGCUGAACAGCCUUUUGGUUACUGGCAUAACCACUGAUGUCGAGCAAAGUUUGGAGAAGAGUGAUUUUUGUUGUUUUUUGGUGGGCCUAUGCCUUUAACCCCAGAGUUUAUUUAACUGGUGCUACUACAGAGGAUGCAGGAGAGCUCUAUAGCACAAAUCAUUAUUACAUUUUAUCCUUUUAAAACUUUGAUUGAUUGAUUGAUUUUAUUUACUGGAGGCAGCAUGUUGGAUUAAAAUUAUCCCUAAAAUAUCUGUUUUCCGUCAGGUUAUAACAAUUAUAGCAAAUAAGAGAUUAGAGGCCUAAACUACUUUGACAGUGUUUUUAAAAUAGACAAAAAGAAUAAAGUACAAAUCUGUUUGACAAUUUAGAUAUCUGUCCUAAUUAGAAAAAAAAAUCAAAAUAGCACCCACCCAAUUUAUAAUCUUGUCUGUCAUGUCUGCAAACCAUUCUUUGUUGAAUAUAUUGGUCACAGAGCAGCAACUUCCCACAAGAGAUCCCCCUUUCCUUCCCUCAUCAGAUUAAAAACAAAACAAAACAGCUCUGUCACAAUACUCACUGUGUACCAGAGGUGCUGCAAGAAGUUCAAUGACAGAUGUGGAAGAACUCUAUCACCUUGCACCAGUGCACCCUGAACCAAGUAGGCUUGCCAGCAGACAGGAUGCCUGUAGUACAAUGAUGAAGCAAACAGAAGGGUGUGAAUGGUAAACAUUAGCUAAGAUAAAUGCCUUUUCCUCCCACCCAGCUUCCAGAGGAAAAUGAGAUAGAAGCUAUCCCCCCUACACAAAAAUUACUUAUAAUUCUAUUGUUAUAAUAACAGAACUGUGUCCCAAACUGUGUCCCAUGGUUGAUCCUUAAUUUGAGCCCUGGAGAAAAUGUGAUCUGAUUUCAAUCAUUGCAGCAUUCAAAAAGCAAUCUGCUUGGGAGGAAUGGGAAUCUUUGAAUUUCCUACAAGCAUUGCAAGUAUUUUGUGUUAAUUAUAAGUGAAUAAAUUGUUGUAAGGAGUGUUAUACAAUGUAUUAGCAUCUGUGAUACCCGAAUGAAUGUGAAAAUAUUUGUGAUGACAGGUGUCUACCCACUUUCUCAGUGCCUUUUAAAUCAUUGAUUUAUGCUUGCUGUCUCUCCCUUCCCUUUCCCUUUUCUUCUGGUCCUUUCUCAGAAUGAAUCCUCUCCCAGAGGAACAGAUUUUUUACACCACAUGCUGAUUUUUUUCCCUUUCUGUGCUGCAAGGAACUAAUAUUCACAGAUAAUCACUUUUCCCUUUAUGCAGAAAGUAAAGCUGCCCAUGUACACUAUUUCACUUCUCCUCGUCCAACUUAUCUAACAUAAAGGAUAGACUAUAUUUCCCCCUUCCCACCCCUCAAUAGUUUAAUGCAUUAUCACACACACACGGGAGUGGGAGGGAAGAGAAGAGGGGAGGAGAAAUGCAAAAGGAAAAAGAGACUCAGAAAUCUCAGCUGCACUUCUGGCCCUUUUAAAAAGUUUGCUCUGUAAAUUGGAAUGAGGUCAGAUUUGGAGCUUCUCAUUGCACGCGGUGAUUAUUAUUGCAUCGGGUUCCAAGCCAAUAGCAGCCGGCGGGGUGGGGUUUGGCACGAGGAAGCGUUGGAUACAGCGAGUGAUUGGCCGGGGCGAGGACUGUGAAAGGAUAAAGAGGCGCUAGGCGGAAUUUGGGGUCCGCUCUAAGCUGCAGCAAGAGAAACAGUGUGAGGGGAAGAGGCCAAUACCAGUAGCCCCGGUCUGUGUAUGUGUCUCUCCUCUCUUUGGGGUUGUGCAUGCAAAGGAAGGGAAAACGGGACUAUAUAUAUUUAUCGCAUUAGUCACCGUUCUUCCAACGGGGAAGGUACACAUUUAUUAAUGCUACCCGGUUGCAUGAGUGGGUUUUUAUUUUUGUUCAGUACCUCUCAACAACCAAAUAAUUAACUGCACAAGCUCCUGAUCACUGACUGCACAGCCACGAGUCCUGGAGAUCGCUUUUUAUUUUUAUUUUUUUUUUGUUUUGAUUUUUUGUGUGUAUGUGUGUGUGUGUUGCCGGGCACAGUAGUGGGAGGCUUUACCAGCGCGUGUGCUGUUUUCCUGAAACAUCUUGGGCAGAGAAAAAGCACUUGUGAACUGGAAUCAACUGCUUCGGGAAGGGGAGGGGGGGACACUGACAAGAAGAGGGGGCAUUGCAGCAUUUUCUAAAGAAACUCUAUGUCUGUUCCACUUUGAGCGCUGGCUGCUGCCCCUAAAUUAAUAGAGAGCAAAGGGGGAAGGACUGCACAGAGCGCUGGAGACGAGCCUGUCUGGAACUACAACUACUUAGCAGAGGGGCUGCGCGCUGGCGAAGGGCUGAACAUUUUGCUGUGGUUUGGGACUGUCUGAUUCGUUCCCCUUCCUUGUUGUACUUGUUAAAGUUGAGAGCAUUUUUUUUUUUUUUUACGUUGCACUGGUGCCGAGCUGAGCCCCGGCGACGUCCCUGCAAGCCGCCGCCGCCGCGUGUGUGUGAGUCCCAGAGAUGGUGCAGCAGACUAACAACGCGGAGAACACGGAAGCGCUUCUGGCCGGAGAGACCUCGGACUCCGGGGCCGGCAUCGAGCUGGGCAUCGCCUCCUCUCCCACGCCGGGCUCCACCGCUUCCACCGGGGGCAAGGCGGACGACCCGAGCUGGUGCAAGACCCCCAGCGGGCACAUCAAGCGGCCCAUGAACGCCUUCAUGGUGUGGUCCCAGAUCGAGAGGAGGAAGAUCAUGGAGCAGUCCCCGGACAUGCACAACGCCGAGAUCUCCAAGCGCCUGGGCAAGCGGUGGAAGCUGCUCAAGGACAGCGACAAGAUCCCCUUCAUCCGGGAGGCGGAGCGGCUGAGGCUCAAGCACAUGGCGGACUAUCCUGACUACAAGUACCGGCCCAGGAAGAAGGUGAAAUCGGGGAACAGCUCCGCCAAGCCCGCCGAGAAAGCGGACAAGAGUGGCGGGGGCAGCCCUGGCGCCGGCGGGGGCGGCACCGGCAGUGGCAGCGGCGGGGGCAGCACGAACUCCUCCAAGCCCGCCCUGAAGAAGAGCGGCGGCUCCAAGCUCUCCCCCGGCGGCGGCUCCGGGGCCAGCAAGCCGCACGCCAAGGUGAUCCUGGGCAGCAAAGCCGCCCCCUUCCCCGCCGAGCCGCCGGCUCAGGCCGCCCUGCUGCCCCCGGACCACCACUCGCUGUACAAAUCCCGCGGCGGCAGCGCCGCCGCCGGCUCCGGCUCGGCCUCCGGCAAACACCCCUCGGAGAAGAAGCUCAAGCGGGUCUAUGUGUUCGGCACGGGCGGGGGCCACG